UAACUCCACAAGAUAUCUCAGAUCUAUUUGGGGAAGGUGGUUUCUUCGUCUCACCAUUACCUAACCUACCGUUAAGUCGUUAACUCUAAUGGUCGUACCUUUUUUUCCUGCUAAAUAAAACCCUGUGGCCGUGGACUCUGCACUCAGUUGCUGCAUUUGGUAGUUUCAGCAAUGGAUGUUGAGUGGGUUCUCGAGUUUCUUAGGGGUAUGAUUAAGCCGGUGGCUGCACUUGCAGUGGUGCUCAUGGCGGUCCUCCUUUCCUUUAUGCAGAAGCUGGGUUUGGAGGGCGAGAUGAUUUAUUCCAUAUUUAGGGCCUUUAUUCAGUUAUCUGUUAUUGGGUUUGUUUUGCAGUUCAUUUUCAACCAGGAUCGUAGCAUUUGGAUCAUUCUCGCUUACCUUUUCAUGGUCUCUGUUGCUGGUUAUACAGCUGGUCAACGAGCGAAGCAUGUUCCUCGAGGAAAGUAUGUAGCUGGGGCUUCUAUCCUGGCAGGAACUGCAGUGACAAUGUUCGUGCUUGUUAUUCUGAAUGUUUUCCCCUUCACGCCCAGAUACAUCAUCCCUGUUGCAGGAAUGAUGGUUGGCAAUUCAAUGACAGUAACUGGGGUUACAAUGAAACGUCUCCGGGAUGAUAUCAAAGUGCAAAUGAGCCUGGUAGAGACAGCAUUGGCACUUGGUGCGACUCCUCGCCAAGCUACACUCCAACAGGUGAAAAGGGCUCUGGUCAUUGCGCUUUCUCCAGUGUUGGACAACGCCAAAACAGUGGGACUGAUUUCGCUUCCUGGAGCAAUGACUGGACUCAUAAUGGGAGGAGCUUCUCCAUUGGAGGCCAUUCAACUGCAAAUUGUGGUAAUGAACAUGCUGAUUGGUGCAUCCACUGUGAGUAGUAUCAUGUCUACUUACCUUUGUUGGCCUGCAUUCUUUACACCUGCUUAUCAAUUAGAAACUAAGGUCUUCAGCUCCGAUUGAGUAUUGGUGUAGCUCUUCCUUUAACUCGAAUGUAACGCUGUAUUAUAAUUUGUAAUUGCAUUGAUGAGUGACUCUAAGCAUUUUCCCAGUAACACUUUGAUCAAGGAGGACCAAUUGAUGAUGGUUCCCUCUUACCCAAAAAAUGAAAACCUUGAGUAAAAUGUCAUGAUGGGAGCAAAUGUAAGUGCGGAAGUAGAAGAAAACUCACAUACUCUGUUAUUUGUUGGGCUAUAAAUUAGGAACGUAGACAUUUGCUCUGCU